CCCACGACCCCGCGGUCCCACGACCCCACGACCCCACGACCCCGCGGCAGGAGGCGAAGGCGGCGGCGCGAGGGGAAAGACCAAGAUGGAGAACUUCAAUAAAAAAAUGAAAGAUGCACUUGAAAACCAGGACCAGGCCACUGCUGCGAAACUGGCAAAGGAGCAUUUAGAAAAACUGGAGAAAGUUCCUCUCACCAUCGCAGUGACAGGAGAGUCUGGCUCUGGAAAAUCCACCUUCGUCAAUGCUCUCAGAGGCCUGAAGAACUAUGACGAGGGAGCUGCUCCAACUGGACCUGUGGAGACCACGAUGGACCCAGUGGAGUACGACCAUCCAAACCACCCCAGUGUGAAGAUAUGGGACCUGCCUGGGAUCGGCUCUCCCUCCUUUAAGGCUGACCAGUACCUUGAGACUGUGGGCUUUGAGAAGUUUGACUUCUUCUUCAUCAUCUCUGACAAUCGCUUCAGAGAAAACGAUGCAAAACUGGCUGAAGAAAUUCAGAAGAUGAAGAAAAAGUUUUACUUUGUUCGGUCCAAAAUCGACCACAACAUCGAAGAUGAAAAACGAAACAAGAAAAACUUUAAUGAGGAAGAAACUCUUUCACAAAUCAGGCAGAGCUGCAUUAAAGGACUUGAACAGCUGGAGAUUGAGUCUCCUAAGGUCUUCCUGAUCUCCAGCUUCGACCUGAACCUGUACGACUUUGGUGAUUUGUGGGAAACUCUGGAGUGUGAACUUCCUGAACACAAACAAGAGGUUCUAAAGCUGGCUUUGCCCAACAUCAGUCUGGAGGUCAUCAACAAGAAGAAAGAGGUUUUAAAGAACAAAAUUACACUGUACGCUUUGCAGUCUGCUGCAGGGGCAGCUGUGCCAAUUCCUGGAAGUUCUGUCAUGGUUGAUCUUACCAUCAUAGUGGCAUUUGUGCAAGAGUGUCAGAACGCUCUGGGUCUCACAGAACACUGUUUGAAGAGCUUCUCUGAAGCUACAGGAGUCCCCAUGACAGAGCUGAAGAAAGAGAUCAAGUCUCCUCUGACUGGGGUCCAAGUGACCGCAGAGCUGGUCAUGUUAGUCCUGAGGGGCUGUAUAACUGUGGCAGGGCUUAUGGCACUAGAGGAGGGAACCAAAUAUGUCCCGAUUCUUGGAAUACCUGUUGCGAUGGGUCUUUCAGCUUUGUCCACGUCCCUCGCUCUGAAAUAUUUACUGGAAACCCUGGGUGAGGACGCACAAAGGGUUUUCACAAGAGGCAUGGGGCUUAACUCUGAUGUGUAAUAGAAGAAAUUAGUUUAUGCAGUUAUGACUUCAUGUUCAAAUCUGUAUGUUUCACUUGGUAACAAAGGCUUUUGAGUUUAUAUCGAUCUAAAGAUUCUAUUGCACUUACACAUAUGACAUAAAAUCAUUUGGAUGUGAUCAGCUGAACCUGAUGUUUUACUUGCAAAAAAUA